AUGACUCCGGAUCAGAGGCUGCAGGCGUGGGAGUUCGCAGUCCUCUUCCUUGAGACGAAUGGUGUCAUCAAUUAUUCAUCCCUGACCUCAUCCAGAUCUGUCCUCUAUAUUAGUCCUCCGCCAACAUCAGUUUUAACAAGGAAUGAUACAUCCCAAAAGACAACUAUUCCAACGUUCCCAGCGUCAACAGAUGCUUUGAAAGACUGCAAAGAACUGAAUUUAAAAGGUUUCAAUGCUGAUGGAGUGUAUACAAUAUACCCAUACUUGCCUUUAACUACGUCAGUCAGAGUUUACUGUGAUAUGACGACAGACGGUGGGGGAUGGACGGUUUUCCAACACAGAAAAGAUGGGUCAGUUGAUUUUUAUCUCUCAUGGGAUAGUUACAAAAAAGGCUUUGGGGAUGCAAGGGGAGAGUUUUGGCUCGGAAACGACUAUCUCCAUCAGCUGACAAGGUUGGGGAUAUCUGACUUAUAUAUUCGUCUAGAAAAAUUCACCGGAGGCUGGGCUUACGCUAGAUAUAACAAUUUCAGUGUGGCAGAUGAAUCAGAUGGAUACAGAAUGAGGGUUAAGUUUGGAUCUUAUGAAGGGAACGCUGGCACGUAA